AUGACCUCAAUAAGAAAAAAUAAUCAUCAAAAAUCAAAAGCAAAAAACUCUCACUCCCCCCCCUUUAAAUUGGAACUAAAAAUUUUGUUCCAAUUUAAAAGGGGGUUAAUUUUUUUUUUUAAAAAAAAAUUAAUAUAUAAAAUUUUUUAUAAAAUAUAAAAGAUUUAAAAAAAAAAAUUCUCAAAAACUUAUCGAAUUAGAUCAAUAAAUUUGUUUAAUAAAAUGCUAUUUACUCUUUAUCCCUUAAAACAAAGCAAGAUAUAACUAAAAUUUUCAUUAUUAGUUAAUACGCCACUAUUAAUUGGUAUCAAAAUUAUUUACACAAAAAUUAUUAUUUUUAUUGAUAAAAAAAAAUUAAAAAAAAAAAAUUUAGAAAAUUUAUCGAUCAAAGUGCUAAUUUUGUUUAAAUAAGAUGUUAUUUAUGCUUUAUUCUUUAAAUUAAAGCAAUAAAUAAGUAAAUUUUAAAAUUUUAUAAGGAAUUCGCAUUGAAUUUAUAUCAAAACUAUUUAAAUAAAAAAUAUCAUUUUUUUUGAAAAAAUUUUAACUUUUUUUUUAAAUUUAACAAUUAAGGAUAAUAAAUUUAUUUAAAUAAGAUGCUCUUUAUACUAUCUUCUUUAAAGAAGAGCAAGAUAUAACUAAAUUUUGAAUUUUAGUUAAGAAGAAACAUUUAACUUAUAUCAAAACUUUUUAGAUAAAAAUUUUAUAUAAUUUUUUAUUAUAAAAUUAAAUUUUGCUCCAAUUUAAAGGGGGGGUAAUUUACCAAAAAAGUGGGAAAUUUUACCUAUAUUUUGUUCCAAUUUAAAGGGGGGGGGAGUCAAGAUCUCCCACAAAAGUCACUUAAAUGACUAUUAGAACUCGACGCAAGCGAAAUCAUUGAAGUCAGCCUCCCUGAUAUCCCUAACACACCUCAAGAAUUUUUGAUAGAAAACAUUCAAGUCCAAAAUUCUGUGAAUUUUAAUAAUCAAAUUGAAGAAAUUUAUUUGAAAACUGCAAAAAGCUCAAAAAGAAAAAUUUUAUAGAAUUUAUAGUCAUCAUUUUCAUUUAUUUAUUUGAUUUAAAUUUUUAUUUAUAUAGAAAAUAGCUAUUGACUAUUAAAAAUUUGAUAUUAAUUAUUAAUAAUUAUAUAACCGAAGAAAGCACCCAAUACCCAUCAAUAAACGAUAUUCCAAAUUGAAAUAGCCUUGCUAAAGAAAUCCACAUAAUUUCUACUGAAAGUUUUCAAUGGCUCUCAGCUAUUGACUCUGAAGGUGAAACAAUUGGAAUUUAUAACACUUGUAUGGGGAUUCAUACAAAUAUUCCGAGCCAAGAUAUUUAUCAUUCAAUUUUAUACUGAGGGUCAGGAAAUUUAGACGAAAAUGGCUGGGUUGGUGCUUUUCGGAGUUUAUUUUAUAUGUUUGCUCAUGGUAAAUGUGAGUGAUUUUAUGUGAAUUUUGGGCGAUAUUUGGCAUUUUUUAAAAGGGAAAAUGAUAAACCAGUAGCGGUUAUAGCAAAUCCAACAAGCCAAUUAAAAAAUGCAUUAAGAAAAGCGUUGGUAAAUGUCCCUGAAGAUGAUAUUGAAGUAGAAAAUAUGCCAAAUUUGAAAAAUCAGAAAAAAAAUCCUCCGAUAAAAAUUGAAGGAAAAUCUUUGCACCAAUUUUAUGAAUAUCUCACAAGUAAUUUUGCUGAUAACAGACUAUUGGCACCAACAUUUUUCUUGAAUUCUACUUUAAAGUCUCUAAACACCACGUUUAAUGGAGAAAUCAAAGGACUCGAUAUGACAAACGACAGCCGGAAAAUGCAAAGAAAAUUCAAACUUUCUUUCGAAGGGCCGAUUUCUUUUCUAUCUAUAAAAAAUAUCUGCGGAGUCCUUCAAAGCACACAAAAUUCCUUUUCAAUUGAAAUUUUCCCUGAUACUGCAUCAGCGCCUCUAGGUUUUCCAAGCUCAAUAUCUUUUAUGAAUGGUUCGUAUUUUGUCAAGCGGAGUCUUUAA